AUGUGUACUGUACAUUGGCUUGCUCGUGUCCUCGUCGUCGCGUCCUACUCGCUCUCCAUCUGCGUCUUCGGUUACCUCUCACUUCGGCAACACCCAUUCCUCCUUAUCGCCGCGGGUCUGUUCAUUUGGAUUGUCGCCCAGAGUCUUGCAAGGCCCCCUCGGCAGUUUUCCCCUUCUCCACGCCCCGCCCCAGAAGCGAACGCUUUGGCUGGGCUGGGUGCGCCAUUUCGGCCGGCUCGGCCAUUGGGUGCUCGUUGGGGUCCGUCACUGCCCAAAGUGUGGGGGGACGUCGGCUUUUACAUCCUCGGGGGGGCGGUGGUGCCGUUGGCGUACCUGAGUUUCCGAUGGAUUCCGUCUGGCCCAUGCGUCGGGUACGACCCCUCGACCGCCACGGCGGAAAUGCUCAUGCCUUGCUUGAACAACCGAAACACCAACAUCAUCAACGUCACUGCCGAUGUGGACCACCAACAUACCGCCAUUGUCAGUACGCUGAUCAGCGAAGCGAUGGUGAUUCUAUCCACGCUGAUGUUCUUGACGUCGAGCAUUGGCUUUGCCGUGUACGUGUUUACGCUCGCCGACGGGGGCGUUCGGGCCCGGCAUUCUCAUCGGCACGGGCGUGUUGGACGAGCAAUUGACUGCCGCGUGCACUGUCAGUGCCGAGGCCGGGGCAACGCAGCCGAUUACCAGCUGUUUAUCGCGACUCGUCAAAUGUUCUGGCUGGUCGCGGUCGGCACUUCCAUGGCGUUUCUGUCAUGGAUGCUUCUGUACGUACCGGUGGCAUGCCUGGGCUGCUUGUUCCUGUCGUUGUUGCUGCUGUUUAUGACCCAAUCCUCCCAAUCAGUGUCAAUUUUGCGCAGAGUCAUUGACCCCCAAGGUCGCGAAAGCCUCAAUCUGCAAUGUGUCGUUGACGGCAAAGAUGGCCUGCAACGAGUGCUAGCGUUUGCGAUCCUGUGGCUGGGGUAG